AUGCACCGUCAGCUUGGCGUGGGCUUGCCGGAUCUGGAAAUCCACCGGCCGGCCCACCUGCAGCGCACUGUCACGGAUCCGGCCGCGCGGCGUGACGACCCGACCUCCGACUGUCGGCUGGUCGGGCUGCCAGGGCGGCUCCCAUCGCCGGCACCGGGGCCACCGCCCCCCGCCGGGCUGCCCGCCGGCCGCCAUGCCGGGACUGGGGCUGCCACGCGGCCGCCCGAGGUGCCGGUGCUGGUGACGCUGGCCGCCGGGGCCCCAGGCGAUCCGAAGGGCCCAUGGCCCCGGCGCCCGAGCCCGGCCCCCGGUGGCCCUGCUGCCGGACGAUCGCCGCCCGGGCUCGAGAGGCCUGGUCGUGCUGCUGACAGCUCGCCGCCCAGGUGGAUCCUCUUCCUGGCGGUGCUUCUUGCCGUGUGGGCCUGGACGCCGGCCACGGCCGGAGCGCCGGUGCAGCCCGCUCGGCCGGUCGCGCCCCCGGUGUUCGAAGCCCUGUCAGCCAUGGGGACCACCUCGCGGGCGGCCUGCCAAUGCCCCGGGCCCGAUACGCGAGUAAUGUGCUUCGCGCGGCUGCGCUACUGCCGGACCAUGGCCCGGCGUGGCCUGGUCGGGGAGCUCCUCCAGCGGGACGUGACGAAUCCCGAGGCACCGACCUUUUCGCUGGCCCCCCGGGCAUCGGUCUGCUAUGCCUCCGGGUAUCCGCUGUUUGCCUGCCUCGGGGAUGUGCUAGCGCUGGCCGGCCGGGCGCGGGCCGCCCAUGACCGGCAUUCGGUCCAUCUCCCAGGCCACGGCAGGGAUUCCCAGCACAGCCAACACGAGCCGGAGCUGGCCCAUGCAGCCGGCCAGCUGACCGACUCCGAGCUGGCCGCCGUGGUUCGGUUCCUCUGCCGAAGCUCCAACGAGUGCCAUGCCCAGCGAGAGCCCUACUCCGGGACGGUAGCCCACGACCCGGAGGUCCGGGGCUUCGGCCGCACCGGGACAUACUACUUCCUGGGCAGGCCCGGCGGGGUGUACAACAUCAUCACCGACUCCCUGUUCAGCCUGAAUGCCCGGUUCAUCUCGCUGCCCGGCUCGCGGGGGACCUACAUCGGCCGGCUGGGGGCCGUCAUUCCGAACCCCUCGCCCGGGCGCCCGCCCAUCCUCAUUGGCUUCGACAUCCUGCCCGAGGGGGCCAUCAUGGUGGAGCAGCAGGUGUUCAUCGCCACGCGCAAGGAGCGCCGCCACACCUUUAGCAUCUUCAUCACCCUGGCCUACCAGCUGGUGGGCCCGGGACCCGGGACCCUGCAGGUGAAGCUGCGUGCCUACAGCUGGAAUGUCGUGGCCCGGGUCAUCCCGCAGAACCCCAUCACUUGGCUCAGUCGGUCGGUUGCCCAGGACCAGCCCGAGCGCCGGGACCAGGGCUUCACCGAGGCCGAGUGGGCCGACCUGGUGGCCGCAUCCACGCGGAACUAUGGCCUCGGCCCGAUGGCGGCCGAGCUGCCACCUGACACCAGCAGCCGCCAAGACCCCGCCGGCAGCCAGCAACAUGCCCCCCUGCUGUCGGAGCAACUGCACCCGCUGCCCUCCCAAGCGGACACCGACGAUGACCCCUUCGGCGAGCGCAUGGACCUGACAUGGCUCGAGGAGCCGGGCCGAGGGCCGGACGGUCGCGGCGGCGACGGCGGCGGCGGCGACGGCGGCUUCCAGCAACCGCCCCCCUAUAGCGACCUGCCGGAGGAUAUCCUCCACUCGGACCCCUUCGAGGAGGACCAGGACUUCGGUGAUCCGCCGCUGGACCGGCUGCCCGGGUUCAUGCUCACACCGGCACCACCGCCCCCGGCCGGUGACCGAGAGGAGGAAGAGACCGCCGAAGGGGCAGACGGCGAAGGGGCAGACGGGCCGAGGGGGGUGGCCGAGGCGGCCCCGGCGUGGGGCGCUCCCGGGGUGCCGGUCCGGCCGGCAUACAUCAACAUCCAUGUGACGCUGCUGCUGAAGCCGGAGACCGAGCCGCACGGAAUCCUCGGUCAGACGGCCCGCAUCACCUAUCUGGACUACUUCAACCCGAAUUGGAACACCUUCCACUUGGAGGGCGUCGAGCAGAGCUACGAGGUGAACGGCCUCUUUGAAACGAAGUUCCCCUACAGCAGAUUCGGCCAGCCGAACAACGCCAAAAUCCCGGGGUAUGUGGACACGCCGACCCAAUCCCAUGGCAAAGAUCGCUAUGUCGGUGGCGUUGGUUGA